GCCCGCGCCCUUCCCUUCCCUUUCCCUGCCUGGCCUCUCCGGCGGCGGAGCGCGCUUGGCCGGCCUCGCUCGCUCCGCCCGGAGGCGCCCUGCCCGCAGCCCGCGAGGCGGCGGAGCAGCAGCAGCCCCGGACUCUGCCUCGCCGCUCGGCCCGGGAGGCCCCGCCAGCCGUGUAUGGACUGUGGUGCUCGCCCGCAGCCAUGGGGAAGAUGCUGUCCAAGAUCUUCGGCAACAAAGAGAUGAGAAUCCUGAUGCUGGGCUUGGAUGCGGCCGGCAAAACCACCAUACUUUACAAGCUCAAAUUGGGUCAGCCGGUGACCACCAUUCCCACGGUGGGCUUCAACGUGGAGACGGUGACCUACAAGAAUGUCAAGUUCAACGUCUGGGACGUAGGGGGUCAGGACAAGAUCCGGCCCCUCUGGAGACACUACUAUACUGGCACCCAAGGGUUGAUCUUCGUGGUGGACUGUGCUGACCGCGACCGGAUUGACGAGGGCCGGCAAGAGCUCCACCGUAUCAUCAACGACCGGGAAAUGCGAGAUGCCAUCAUCUUAGUUUUUGCCAACAAACAGGACCUCCCCGACGCCAUGAAGCCGCACGAGAUCCAGGAGAAACUGGGCCUCACUCGCAUUAGGGACAGAAAUUGGUAUGUCCAGCCGUCUUGUGCCACGUCGGGAGAAGGACUUUAUGAAGGCUUAAUGUGGCUUACUUCCAACUACAAAUCAUAAUUCGAGGGCUAUAUCAUGUAUGACGUGCGCGCGCACAAAAUCUCUUUAACCAAUGAAUCCUACAACGUAUAUAUAUAUAUUCUCUUCUCUCUUCCCCCACCCUACUCCCUCCAGUCAUUUUUGGGGGGCUGGAUUUGAAAUCGACUCUUCACUAGUCGCUUCUGCAGAAGUGGAGAGGGAUCCACAAAGGAGCUGUUGGGAGAAGUCUAUUCCCCCGCCCCCGCCCCCCCCCCAUGUCCGAUAAGGAAUUUUUGUUUCCCGUUGGCGGGCUGAAGGUGGGGGAGGGCGGGGGGGGCUUUUGGCUACCUCUGAGUGCUAGCCUGGCUUUCUUCUGGCUACCGUUUCCACCCCCAGUGGAUCUCCAACCUGUCAUGACCUGGUAGCAGCCUUUGUAGAGAAACUCGAGUGGCCAUAAGCAGUUUGGAGUGACUUGCUCACUAACAGCAGGUUUUAAGGAUCAGAGUUUUUCUCUAUACCGGGAUCUGUCCUCCAUCCUUAGAUGUGGGCUCUUUCGGUUGGAUCCCAUGGGAGAAUAUCCCCUUUUAUUGUGGGGGAAGGCUGCACAAAGGGGGUCAGCAGAAUCCAAUCCUCUUUGCUUUCAGGAGGCCUGUUAGAUUUUGCUCUCUGCCCUCGUUGCCUGCUGUAUGAUUGGGAAGGAGAGGGAGGCGGGCAAGGCGUCAAAGCGUGAAUCUGCAGGGUGGAAAGGGAACCUCGCUUGCUGGAAUGCUCCACGUAUGCAGGCCCUGUCCUAUAAACGCCUUUUGCUGGAACCACCUUCAGGGUUUUGGGGUUUUUUUUUUUGCUACUAGACUUUCCACUCCUCUCUUGACCUGUUCAACCUGCCAAAAUUGCCUGCUUGCUGUAGGCAGAAAUGUGCACGCCCAACGGAACCAGUUCCCCCAGUAUGAGAUGGGUGGGAUUGGCAAAAGCCAUGAAUCAGAGCUGUGCCGUACUCCCUUCCCAAAUUCUUCCAGGCUGCUCCCUUUCACGGGCGACAGGUUGCCACCUUGAAACGGAGGAGGGCGGGAGAUGCCUGAAGAGGAGCGGUUGUGGCUCACGCCCACCACCUCUCCAGUGACACAUCCCACCCGGCUUUUUGACGUGGUUUUCUAAGCUCUGACUUCCUGUCCAUGCAGGACGGAAUCCAUCCGGGUCUGUUUUGGUUCUCUUUUUCCCUUUCCUUUGUAAAAAUCUUCCUCCUACACAGGAAAAUCCCCUCCUUUAGCUUUACCUUUUGGGAUCAUAUCCUUGGCUUAAGAUGCACUCACAAGGCACCUAGCUAACCGUGCCACCCAGCCAAAGGAAGGGACUAUUAGCCAGUAUUUACCCCUCUUCUGUGCCAUCCUCUCUUGAGUGGGGCCUGAACUCCGGUUGUAUGACUUGAGGCCAUUCCCCAACCCUGGGAAACCUAGCUUGCUAGCAUGUGUUGAAGGAGAAACACGCUCCGCAGGUUCUCUGUUCCAGCUCUUGGGCGUGGAAUAUGUAUUUUUAAUCUGAUUGGUUACGCUGGUGCUAUUCAAACCAUAGGCGUAUGUGCCUGGUGGCCAGUAGUUUGGCAUGAGCGGAAUCUCGGGCACGGACGAACGAGGUGGAGUUUUGCAAAUACUCAUCGAGGUGGCAGCGAGGAACCUGUGCAAGUUUUCUCCUUCUCUUGGCUGAAUGUCUGAUUCUGUCCCCCUGCCUGCUUCUUUGAAGCGAGGUCUCGAGAGAAGCAGCAAUGAGUUUUAGGCAACUUUUUCUCAUCGUCCCGUAAUCCACCAGCAAAGGAAAGUAUUCUCCGCAUCCCCAAUUGCUGGUUUUAAAAUUGAGUUGUGUGUAUUUGGACUCCCUUCUGCGCGGGGCGCUAUGCUCAGGGAUUUGUAGUUUUCUUUCAUCCAUUCCUUCCUACGCCCCAUCCCUAAAGAGCAAUUCCUGAUUUUGUAGACUUCCCUUUUAUCAAGAGCCUGGCUGAACAGAAUUUGAGUUCUCCUCUUCAUACAAGAUGGCGUUUGCCAGCUUUUGCCAAGGAGGACUUCUGCACAUCGCAGCAUGGCAAAUUCUUGGGACUGGGGAGGGAACCUGCCCUCUCAUACGCCCCUACAAAAAUGCAGCCUGUUGCUUGAGCAAGUGAGGGACACAUGCUUAGCUCUGAUUCCUUGGUCCGUCACUCUAGCAUAUCGACAUGUGGACGCAGCAGAUUUCCCUGGUGUGCCCACAUCCGAUGUUUAAUUUUGUAUGUGUGUGUGUCUGUGUCUUUUGGAAAUCCCCAAAGAGAGUUUUGGAGGGUUGAGGGGAGGCUGUUAAGAAGUGCUCCAGGAAGAAACAAACAGCCAUCAGAAAAAUGAUAGUCAGUGACUGAUCUCAAUGGCUGCCCCCCCCCUUACCUGUUUCUCAAACUGACAGUUAAUUGUCGGGGGGGGGGGAGUCCGAACUUGGGAUCUUUGCACUGGGGAAGUAUUAACCCCCCCCCCCCUAUUUGCUGUGCAUCAGCUUCCCUCUUACUCUGCACGGAUAUCUUUGCACUUGUGUGUUGGUUUGAAUCAAGACUUUCAGGGCUAUCUUCUCUUUGCAGGAGAAAACAGCCCUUGCUGUCUUCUAAGGCUGUCCUCAAACAAGAAGAUGGUGAGCUCCCCCCGCCCCCGCCCGCCACUAUUUGGGGGCCUACCAAGACUUGCGGUAUGCGCUAUCCCUGCAGGGGGAAAAAUCGCCCAUGCUUCCUGCUGUUGUAGUGGCCCCACUCAUUGGGCGUGAGCUCCUCUCAAGAAAGCCUGACUCAUAAUUCCCACAAGGCGUGCCCCCCCCCCCGCGCCUUGGAUGGGAGGGGAAGUGACUCUUCUUGGCUUGAAUGGCUGAAGGCCCAUUUUCAGCAACCGCCCUCUUGCAAUUCAUUCGCUUCCCUCUCCCAGCAGCACACAGCAGUCUGGCUGGGCGCCUUUCCUCUGCACCGCAGGGCCAAGAUUAAAAUCAACUUUGGGGAGGGCUCUGGACUCUGAAAUCCUCAGGAUUUCACUUUCAGAAUCAACAGCCUUAUUCUGUUGUACUGGCCCCCCUCCAAAAAACCCUGGGUGAUUAUUUGGCCUCUUUAAAGUAAGACCGAGCCUCACCUUUGCUGAGCAAUAUGGUGAGAAUCUUUAAAGGGCCCAUUUUCUCCUCUGUUCAUAUUUCUUCCCCCGAACCAGCUGCAGUUAGCUGUCUUCAAAAAUGCUUGAGUGACAGAAAAUAUGUAUCUUAAAAAUGGGGGUUGGGGUGGGGGGGGGCGUGAAUUCGUGACAUUCCUUGUUCUUUUCUCUCGCUUCUGGCUUUCCCUGCCUUGCUCGCUGGCGUUCCCGACAGAUCUGUGCUGCGCUUUGGGAACCUGGCGCUCGGAUUCCGGCGCGAUUGUGUUGAAUUGGAGGGCAUCUAAGUCGGGAGACGGACAUCUGCGUAGGCAUUCAAGAUAAUCCAAUUUACGGCACACAAAAUGUGGGACACGCAUACACACUGCCGGCUUCUUGUUGGGUGGGAAAAACCCUUAAUAUGCCAGGUUUGCUUCUGCAGAUUUUCCUGUGGCUCAGCCAGCGUAUUGCAGAAAUGUUACUUUGGUCUAGAUUCCCCCCUCCCACAUCUGGGGCUGCUUAUCUGCUGUCUUCAGUGAGUAAAAGAGGGCAUUGUGUGUGCUUCCCACCCCCUAAGGAUCUGUGUGCAUGACACACAAGACCAAAGCUGGCUUGUAUCUAGAUGGCUGUUAGAAUCGUAGGGGAAGGGUGGCUUUUUCUCCCGGGGAAUUCAGGGCCUCCGUGGGUCCUAUUCGGGAUAAACAGGGUGGCCUUAAUUGGUAGGUGAUGGUUUGAGUUCUCGCUCGAACGUGUGUAUUUCAGUUACCCUGACUAGGAAAGUUGUGUAUUGGUUAUAAUGUACGAAGGCACUUAACACACAAACACACACACCUUGCCAUUGCCGUGUUCACUGGUGGUGGUUGCUAAUUUCCACGUCUGUUCCGAUCAUGUUAAAGUUGCUUCCAAAUCCACGUGCAAGCGAGGGGUGCUUUCUUCUGUCCGGGGAGCGGGGGGGGGAAUAACUGGCUUUCUCUUGUGCCUUCAAUAAUGGCUCUCAGUUACUUACGGGAAAACAAGGUACUUCUUGUAAGCAAAACUGCAGCUGUGGAACUGGAAUACACUGGGUUUGUUUUACUAUUAUUUUUUAAAAUUAAGUUUCUUUUUCUCUCCUCUGAAUAGAAAAAAGGGGGGAGGGGGUAUCCGAUGCUGAUCAGCAUAUGCAAAUGUACUGUACAUUUUAACGCUGGAAUUUCUUUAGAUUUCUUUCUGUUGGGGGGUGGGAUUAAACACAUCUUGCGGUUAUGGGUGCCUGAAUUUUGGGUGGGGGAUCCCCCCAAAUCUCUACAAACAAGGGCUCACUUCAUCAAACUGUUUUUUUUUAAAAAAAAGAACAAUAAAAUAAAUGAUUUUUUUCCUUCUA